AUGGCUCUGGAAGAUAUUUGUUGCUUCAAAGACAAGCCUACACAGCAAUUGUUUCCUUUUCCAGCUUUGGAGACAGAUUAUCACAACCUUGAGUUGGAAAGACUGAAGACAUCUCAGACAAACUGGGGGGAUCCACAGCACAUUUUCAUACCACCUUUCCCACAAGCCACUCCAUUCAUCAGCAGACGCACGUCUCGUUUCAGACCACCAAACCAUGCGUUGACCGUGCAAAGGCCUUUCCCUCUGUCUCAUGGAACAACAACCUUGGGUUUCAUUUUCCAAGGUGGUGUAAUUGCAGCAGCAGACACACGUGCCAGCGCGGGUGGCCUUGUUGCAUGUCCGGCUGUACACAAGAUCACCCCUAUUCACUCCCAUUUAGUGGUCACCUCCUCAGGCAGUGGUGCAGACUGCAUGCUUUGGGAGCGCAUCCUGAUCAGAGAGAUCAGACUAUAUGAACUGCGGCAUAAGCGUCGACUCUCCAUAAGAGCUUCUGCCAAGCUUCUUUCCUUUAUGUUGCAUCCAUUUAAAGGGACUGAUGUAUGUGUGGCACUCACUCUGUGUGGUUGGGAAAAGGAAGGCCCACAGGUUAUCUACGUGUGCAGCGAUGGCGCCCGACUGCAAGGAGAUAUUAUCUCUGUUGGAUCAGGGUCUCCUUAUGCUUACGGAGUCCUGGAUGGGGGUCUGAGUUGGGGUUUGAGUAAAGAAGAAGCCAUCUCCUUGGCAAGAGAAGCAGUUUUCAGAGCCACUCAUAGGGAUGCCUACUCUGGAAACAAUGUGGAUCUUUUUCACAUCGAUGCCCAGGGUUGGAUCCAAAGACCAAGGGAGGACCUGAAAGAAGAAUAUUACAGAGAGUUGGAGAGAAGGUCCAAGCGCAGAAGAGAAAAGAAAAAGAGAGAUACAAUAGAAAGCAGUUAGAGCAAACAACACAAGGGAACUGUGUUGGGCUUUGGAGAUGAAAAUUAUGCACCUAGGCUGAUCAAAAAGUAGU